AUGGCGAGGGUGGACUCGACGCGCGCGCGCGCGUCGUCGUCGUCGAGCGAGGCGCUGGAGUGGCCGAGCCGGGACCGGCUGGCGGGGACGCUGCGGGACGGGGACGUCGGCGCGGAGGCGACGCUGUGCGGAUGGAUCGAUAAAUCGCGCGAUAUGGGCGGGAUCGCGUUCGCGGACGUGCGCGAUCACAGUGGAAUCGCGCAGAUCGUCGCGGACGAGGACGCGUCGGCGGAGGUGCGGGAGACGUUCGGGAACUUGAGACAGGAGUGCGUGGUGCGCGCGCGAGGGACGGUUCGAGCGAGGAAGAGCGUGAAUAAAAAGACAAAGACGGGGACGGUCGAGCUCGUGGUCACGGAGUUGAAGAUUUUGAACUCUGUGGGGAAAUCGUUGCCGUUCGCGGUGUCGGAGUCGAGCGGGGAGAAGGAGGAAAUCAAGGAGGAGACGCGUUUGGAGCAUCGCGUGUUGGAUUUGCGUCGACCGCAAAUGGCGAGGAAUUUAAAGCUUCGUCACGAUACGCUCCGCGCGUUGCGCAAGGUGAUGGAGGACGAUUACGGGUUUUUAGAGGUCGAAACGCCGAUGCUGACGCGAAGCACGCCGGAGGGGGCGCGGGAUUACUUGGUGCCGAGUCGUUUGCAGCCGGGGGGGGCGUACGCGUUGCCGCAAUCACCGCAACUCUUCAAGCAAAUGCUCAUGGUUGCGGGCGUCGAUCGAUACUAUCAAGUCGCGAGGUGCUUCAGAGACGAAGACUUGCGCGCCGAUCGUCAACCGGAAUUCACGCAGCUCGACAUCGAGAUGGCGUUCACGGAUGACGCCGGGAUCAUGAAGCUCGCAGAGGAUUUAAUGCGCGCCGCGUUCAAGAGCGGCGUCGACGUCGAUUUGCCGGCGAGUUUUCCGCAGAUGACAUACGCGCAUGCGAUGGAAAAGUACGGCAGCGAUAAACCAGAUUUGCGAUACGGGUUAGAGAUGACCACGCUCGACGACGCGUUGGCGGGAUGUGAGUUCAAAAUCUUCGCCGACGCGCUCGCGGAGUCCAACGGCACCGUCAAGGCGCUCGUCGUCGACGACGAUAAGAAAAUACCGAACUCGAAGCUCAAACCGAAGGGUGAUGUGUUCAACGAAGCGCUCGCGGCGGGCGCGGGCGGUUUGGCGUUCGCGCGCGUCGCCGAUGACGGGAAAUCGCUCGAAGGUGCGAAGGGUUUGGUCGAAGGGACGGCGGCGCACGCGGCGGCGAUGAUCUCCGCCUCGGGCGCCAAGCCCGGGGAUUUGAUGCUCUUCGCGGCGGGGAACAAGGCUUUGGUGAACAAAACCCUCGAUCGCGUUCGACAGUACAUCGCGAAGACGUACGACAUGAUCCCCGAGAACGCGCACGCGGUGCUGUGGAUCACUGAGUUCCCGAUGUUUGAGUUCAACGAGGACGAAAACCGUUACGAGGCGAUGCACCACCCGUUCACGGCGCCCAACCAAGACGACGCCGCGGCGAAUCCGGAUGAUUUAACCGGUGCGCGCGCGAUCGCGUAUGAUUUGGUGUAUAACGGCGUGGAAAUUGGCGGUGGAUCGCUGCGUAUUUAUCGUCGAGACGUGCAAGAAAAAGUCUUCCGCGCCAUCGGUUUGAGCGACGAAGAGGCGGAGAACAAGUUCGGUUACCUCAUGGAGGCGUUCCAAUACGGCGCCCCACCGCACGGCGGUCUCGCGUUCGGGCUCGAUCGAUUGGUGAUGAUGCUCGCGGGGGCAAAAUCGAUUCGCGACGUCAUCGCGUUCCCGAAAACCGCCGCCGGGCAGUGCUUGCUCACCGAGGCGCCGGGACAAGUGAGCGACGCCCAAUACGCCGAUCUGCACGUGCGAUCCGUCGCGCCGCCGCCGAAGACAGACUAA